AUGGAGGCCCAGAGGUUAAGAGACUCGUCCCAGAUGACCCAGUUACUAAUAGGCAAAGUCAGGAUUUGAACCCUGGCAGUUUAGCUCUGGUGGCUGCUCUGUUAAUCACAGCUGCUUCCUACUGAGACAAACGGUAUUUAGGGCAAUGUCAAGACUGAGGAAUAAGUAAGUGUAGGAAAAAGACCAGGGUGGGAGGAGGAAUAAUGGCGAAAAGACAGAAAUAGAGACGAGGAGGGAAGAGAGACAGGCGGAAGCUCAAGUUCUCUGCUCGUUGGCUAUGGAGAGGCUCCCUUGUCCCUCAGCAGCUGCCUUGCUCUGUGGACAGUUCCUUCCCAUCCGGUCCGUCCCGGGAGCCCAGCCUCGUCCUCCCUCAUCCUCCUCAGCGGUGGUGCAGGCCUCAGCUUCACAGGAAAUGCUCUUUCUCUAAUUGGCAUUGAAAUUCACAGCCCUCCCUUUUCCUGUAGGUGGGGUUUCCAUAGGAAAAAGCUGCUUCUCUGUUGCCCCAGCCUAGUAACUAUUUGGAAAUUAGAUCCCCACAUCCUGUGCUUCUGGGUCAAGUUCCUCUUGGACCAGCUCUCGUCCAUCAUUGCUACUGUGGACUGGCGAUUUUACUUUAUCGGUACUUGGGCCUCUCAGAUCCUUCCAAUGAAGAUGACCUUGCCUGGGAAUCCUACUCCUACCACCAUCUUCUAAUUAUGGGACAAGGUUGUGUCACCCGGCCUAGCGGCAGGAGAACGGGGCUAAUUAAGCCAUCCAGGAAACACUGGAGGACUUCCCAGACUUUGAAGAGCUCUAGCGGUUUCUGAAUCCGGCGGUAAGCAUGAUGCCACUUCUGCAAUUUCUGCUGGGGUUUCUGGGGCCAGGUGGCUACUUGUUCCUUUCAGGGGACUGUCAGGAGGUGGCCACUCUCAUGGUGAAAUACCAAGUGAGAGAGGAAGUGCCAUCUGGCACAGUGGUAGGGAAGCUGUCCCGGGAACUGGCCUGGGACGAGAGGCCCGGACCCGUGAGAGCUGUCUUCCAGGUCCUGCAGCUGCCUCAGGCACUCCCCAUUCAGGUGGGCGCUGAGGAUGGCUUGAUCAGCACUGCGAGGCGGCUGGAUAGAGAGCGCCUAUGCCGGCAGCAGGAUCCCUGCCUGGUUUCCUUUGAUGUACUUGUGAAAGAGGAGCUGGCUCUGAUCCACGUUGAGCUCCAAGUUCUGGACAUCAACGACCACCAGCCACAGUUUCCCAAAGGUGAGCAGGAGCUGGAAAUCUCUGAGAGCGCCUCUCUACACACGCGGAUCCCCCUGGACAGAGCUUUUGAUCCAGACACUGGCUCCAACACCGUGUACUCCUACAGCCUGUCCCCCAGCGAGCACUUUGCCCUGGAUGUCUUUGUGGGGCCUAAUGAGACGAAACAUGCGGAACUUAUGGUGGUGAAGGAGCUGGACAGGGAAGUCCGCUCAUUUUUUGAUCUGGUGUUGACUGCCUAUGACAGUGGGAACCCCCCCAGGUCAGGCACCAGCUUGAUCAAGGUCAAUGUCCUGGAUUCCAAUGACAAUAGCCCUGUGUUUUCUGAGAGUUCACUGGAACUACAGAUCCCAGAAGAUGUUGCCCCCGGCACACUCCUCAUAAACCUGACUGCCACAGACCUGGACCAAGGUCCCAACGGGGAGGUAGAGUUCUUCCUUGGCAAGCACAUGCCUCCAGAGGUGUUGCACACCUUCAGUGUCGAUGCUAAGACAGGCCAGGUCACUCUGUGCCAACCCCUAGACUAUGAGAAGAAUCCUGCCUAUGAGGUGGAUGUCCAGGCACGGGACCUGGGUCCCAAUUCCAUCCCAGCCUAUUGCAAAGUGUUUGUCAAGGUUCUGGAUGUCAAUGACAAUGCCCCAAGCAUCCACAUCACAUGGGCCUCCCAGUCAUCACUGGUGUCUGAAGCUCUUCCCAAGGACAGUUUCGUUGCUCUUGUCAUAGCAGAUGACUUGGACUCAGGAAAGAAUGGUCUGGUUCACUGCUGGCUGAAUCAAGAUUUGGACCACUUCAGGCUGAAAAGGACUAACGGCAACACCUACAUGCUACUAACCAACGCCACGCUGGACAGAGAACAAUGGCCCAAGUACACCCUCACUCUGUUCGCCCAGGAUCAAGGAGCCCUCCCCUUAUCAGCCAAGAAACAGCUCCACAUUCAGGUCACUGAUGCCAAUGAUAAUGCACCCGUGUUUGAGAAGAGCUGGUAUGAGGUCUCCACUCGGGAAAACAACCCACCCUCUCUUCACCUCAUCACCAUCAAGGCCCACGAUGCAGACUUGGGCGUCAAUGGGGAAAUCUCCUACCGCAUCCAGGACUCCCCAAUUUCUCACUUAGUAGCUAUUGACACAAACACAGGUGUGGUCACUGCCCAGAGGUCACUGGAUUAUGAAGAGAUGGCCAGCUUUGAGUUCCGGGUGAUAGCAGAGGACAGGGGUCAACCCCAGCUAGCAUCCAGCAUCUCUGUGUGGAUCAGCCUCUUAGAUGCCAAUGAUAAUGCCCCAGAGGUGAUUCAACCUGUGCUCAGCAAUGGAAGAGCCAGCCUCUUGGUGCUUGUAAAUGCCUCCACUGGCCACCUUCUUGUGCCCAUCGAGACUCCCAAUGGCUUGGACGCAGCAGAUGCUGAUACACUACCACUGGCCACUCACAGCCCCCAGCCAUUUCUGUUGGCGACCAUUGUGGCAAAAGAUGCAGACUCGGGGGCAAAUGGAGAGCUCCUGUACAGCAUUCGAAGUGGCAAUGAGGCCCGUCUCUUUGGCCUUAGCCCCGACCUGGGACAGCUAUUCAUCAAUAUCACCAACGGCAGCAGCCUCAUUGGCAGUGAGUGGGAGCUGGAGAUCGUGGUAGAGGACCGGGGCAGCCCCUCCUUGCAGACCCAAGCCCUUUUGAAGGUCAUGUUUGUCACCAGUAUUGACCAUCUGAGGGACGCUAUUCAUGACCCCAGGGUCCUGAGCACGUCAGUGCUGAUGGUGAUUUGCCUGGCUGUACUGCUGGCCAUCUUUGGGUCGAUCCUGGUCCUGUUCAUGUCCAUCUGCCGGACAGAGAAGAAAGACAACAGGGCCUACAACUGUCAGGAAGCUGAGUCCACCUACCGCCACCAACCCAGGAGGCCCCAGAAACACAUUCAGAAGGCAGACAUCCAUUUGGUGCCUGUGAUCAGGGGCCAGGCAGAUGAACCUGGCCAGGUCGGGCAGUCCCACAAGGAUAUAGGCAAGGAAACAAUGAUGGAAGCAGGCUGGGAUCCCUGCCUGCAAGCUCCUUUUCACCUCACACCAACUCUGUAUAGGACCUUGCGUAACCAAGGCAACCAGGGAGCACUGGCAGAGAGCCGAGAGCUGCAGGACACCGUCAACCUCCUUUUCAACCACCCCAGGCAGAGGAAUGCCUCCCGGGAGAACCUGAAUCUUCUGGAGUCCCCACCCACCCCAGGCCAGGCACGAGCAAGGGCCCUGAAGGGCAGCCCCACAGGAAGGCCGGCUGAAGAGCAGAGCAGCGAGACGGCCCCCCUGAGCCCACCAGCCUCCUCUGCAACCCUGAGGCGGCAGCGGAAUCUCAAUGGCAAAGUGUCCCCUGAGAAAGAGUCAGGCCCCCAUCAGAUUCUGCGAAGCCUGGUCCGUCUGUCUGUGGCUGCCUUUGCAGAGCGGAACCCUGUGGAGGAGAUCACUGUGGAUUCUCCCCCUGUUCAGCAAAUCUCCCAGCUGCUGUCCUUGCUGCAUCGGGGCCAAUUCCAGCCCAAACCGAACCACCGGGGAAAUAAGUACUUGGCCAAGUCUGGCGCUGGCAGGAGUGCAGUCCCGGACACAGAUGGCCCAGGGGUCAGUGCUGGUGGGCAGGGAGAACCAGACCUGGAGGACGGACCCUUAGACCCCGAGGAGGACCUCUCCGUGAAGCGGCUGCUAGAAGAAGAGCUGUCGAGCCUGCUGGACCCCCAGACAGGCCUGGCCCUGGACCGGCUCAGCGCCCCAGACCCGGCCUGGAUGGCAAGGCUUUCUUUGCCACUCACCACCAAUUACCGAGAUAAUGUGAUGUCCCCAGAUGCUGCAGUCUCAGAGGAGCCGAGGACCUUCCAGACUUUCGGCAAGGUGGCAGCAGCACCUGAGCUAAGCCCAGCGGGCACACGGCUGGCCAGCACCUUCCUCUCGGAGAUGAGCUCGCUGCUGGAGAUGCUGCUGGAGCAGCGCUCCGAGGUGCCGGUGGAGGCUGCCUCCGAGGCCCUGCGGCGGCUGUCCGUCUGCGGUAGGACCCUCAGUCUGGACCUGGCCACCAGUGUGGCCUCCAACACGGAGGUGCUGGAGGGCCCAGGUGGAAAGAAGGGGGCUGAGGACAGGAGUGGAAGUGGCAGCAGCAGGUUCCUGUGAGCACAGCCGGAGGCCUCUGGAUGCCAGGAGGAGGUUCCUGGGACAUGCUAGAGAGCCCAGGCCCUGAGGAGCAGGGGGACAUGAGCUGUUUUCUAAAACCUUGAAACUCACUGGCCAGAGCUGGCCGCAGAACUUCAGGGUGACUACUGCUGGCCAACAGAGGAAGCAGGACCAUAGGACUAACAGCUGACUGACUGAGAAGAGCAGCCUCUUGAAAGGCGCCCUGGGAAUGUUUUGGAGACCAGGGACAGUGUGGCAGAAGUGUUUGCUGGCAAAACACAUAGCGCAAAGGGCCGGUCCUCAGUGGAGACAGAUGCCUCAGAGGAUCACACGCAGGGAAGGUGGCUUUGUUGGCUACCGGAGGCAGAGGACUAGAUUCUGGGGACAUAAGGCAAUGCUGCCUGUCCUACAAAUAAAGGAAAAACAGCCACUCA